ACCCAUUUACGCUCUCGACAGCGUUGCACAAAGUUAGUGCAGUCUCGCAGAAUGCCUGCUCUGAUUGACUUUGCGUAACUAGUACACAGAACCUCAAGUGCUACGAAAACUCUCCGAUCCUUCCAUUGGGUCCCGACCCCCAUCCGCCGUAUCUCAACAUUGUGCAGUAGAACAACCUGGCCCAUCCGACUUCGGACAACGCGAAGCGAUGUUUUCCAAGUCUUCGAAGUAUCGUCUCGUCAUACCACGAGGGACUGGUUUGCGAUCGACGAAGGAGGUUGAAGUGCCAGCCAGGUGUCUGCUGUUACGCAAUACCGCAUGGUCGAGUUGCGGCAGAGUUGCGACCGGUGUGAAUGACACGAAUUUUUGCACAUGGUGCGGAUGCGGGAGAGUAUCACUAUUGCAGUGAAACGUAGAAGAGAUGUGGGUGUUGACUAGGGGAUUGCGGUCUUACGGCGCUUAGAUAGCUGCUUGCGACUGAAAGGUUCGCUGGUGGACAGUCAAGACCGAAGGAGACCCGAGGAAGUUAGUCAUUAUUGUGGCUAGUAAGUGUGGCUAACCGUUUCGAUGCUUCGGAAUUGGAUGCUCGCGUUCCGAGCUUCAGUCAGCCACAGACUCAACAGCCACAAGCCUGGGCUAUGAAACGAAAUUAGCUACAGUAACAAUACGUGGGCUGAGUUACAGUGGUCUAACGUGCUUCCUGGGUCGGGAGACAACCGCCGUCGCGAGACGGUUUGCAAACCGGACCUCCGGCGUGCUUUCUUCGGGAGCUGACGAAGCUGCAACUGCGAUGCAUCGAUUUCACAGCUAUUUCCCCCUUAGCAAACGAGUCCCCGAUAGAAAUUGAUGCAAUGUUGGACGUGCUGUUGUUCAAUUCACACACGCAAAUAAUAAGCUCUCCUACUAUACCCCCAUGUCCAUCUUUGACCACGAAAUCUUUAAUGCAUCUCGGUGAGCUGUCGAAAAAGUACAGCCGCAAAACAAUGUGACAUUGGAAUUCAGAGAUAUUUUGACCUUCCCAAUGUAUGUGCCGGAAGUUCCGUUGCGAGCAACGCGAGGUCCCUUGAAAGCCUCCCGACGUGGCGAGACGGCCUCGCGUAUUUAGUAUACGCCGUUCUGUAUUAACGCACUAGCCGCAACCUUGUACCUUACCGUACUGAAAGCCGCGCUAGCUUCUCUGUAACUGUCCCUCACGGCCGUUCUGUAUAAUCGCCGAGUGUAAUUUACAGUACCCGUUUUUCUCUGUAAGCUAUGUCUGAGACUUGCGCGAGUUCGGAUCCUAUUCCGAAGCAUCCCACCCUUACUAGCCACAGCGAUGACUAACCCCUACUCCUUGGAUCUUCUUCCAUCUCGUCUGUCCAGCGGUGAACCCUUCAACUAUCGAAGCGCCGCAAGACCGCAAUCCUCCAGUCACCCCCCACAUUCCUUCCACGUUCCACUGCACAACGGCGCUCUUCCGCAUCCGCAGCAUUUGCAAUGUUCGUGUCACUCACACCGGGCGCAGCUCUGUCACGACGCGACUGUAGCUGCAUUGUGUAACGGCGGACAACCGGCCAGUACUCCAACCACCUUCGCCGAUCGUAAACCACUCCUUGGUGGUGUGACAAGAUAA